AUGCACGUGUUUUGUGAUACUCUGAAGAUAUGUUUUAAGACACUUCUAAAGCGAAGGCCCUACCAUCGGCAAUCAAUUGGCCAGUCCACCAGUGACCAUGGUGGCAGCAAUGUUGGAGAGCAUGGUAAGUGGCAGUUUGUAGAGUACAAACUUUAA